UUAAAAACCUAGCUGGGGUUUGUCGUGGGGCGUUGGGGUAUAAAACGGCCUCCCCUUCGCCGGGCCGCAGCUUCUUGGCCUCGUCUUCAAGGAGUUUCUGCCUCGCUCUCGGCUCCUUCGGCCUCUGCAGCGACACACGAGCAUAACACGAUGUGGUCUCCGCUGCUCUUCCUCGCCACCGGCUCUUGCCUUCUGGGCCUGACAACACCAGCGAUCGUGGGCGGCGCCGACCCACAGACCGUGACGAAGAACAUUGUAAAACAUUCCUUGGUCGAACAUGCUACCGAACUCGAAACAGCCCCAGGAAAUGUUGAAAACGCUUCCCUGAGUAAAAGCCUCUAUGACCUCACCGUUGAACUCCGAUCACUUAACCAGCUUUUCAGGGACUACAUUACAACGCUGACGUGCCCGGCGCCCUUCCACAUGCUGGGCUCCGAGUGCUUCGCCUUCCUCCUCGAGGACAUGACGUGGGAGGCCGCCCGCACCAAGUGCCUCCAGAUGGGCGCCGACCUCGCCGAGCCCAGUGACCUGACGCAGCUCCGCCUCUACGUCGGAAAUCGAUUCCCCCGCAAGAGCGCUCGCAACUUCUGGAUCGGAGGCCACAGCCAGGACAAAAUCUGGAGCUGGCUUUCGGGAGAAUCCAUCGGCGACAGGUUCUGGCACACCAACGAGCCCUCAGGCAACGGGGAGUGCCUGGGGAUGUUCGACGGCUGGGAGAACCCUCUGACGGACUUCCCCUGUGAGAAUGAGAGGAGGGCUGUCUGCGAGAAGCCCCUGGUGAAGUAAAAAGGAGGAAGACGAAAGGAAGGAAGGAAAGGAGGGGAGUUGAAGUAGUUCGGAGGGAGAGAAAGGAGUCGAAGCGGUUUCGAAACGAGAGAAGUGAAGCGGCUUCGAGAUAAGGGAAGUGAAGCGGUUUCGACUUCAGGGUUCGGGUGUUUCAUAGAUCGUUUCGGGUCUGGAAGAAGGCCGUAGGAUCAAUGUAGGAAGAAAAUGCAGUGGAAACAUAUGUUGUUCUGUUGGUGGCUAUGACUCCAUGAUGUACUUUGUUCCAUUAAUAAAUACUUGUAAAAUG